UUGAGGAUUUGUUUCGUUGCCAGCGCGCCCGAGACUGCCAGAAUCCCCCGAGGGAAUUCGACUCAAUCCCGUCAGCCGGUGACUAAUGUUUCCCCCGGCAUCAUCACCACUAUCGGGUGUCCAUCACCUAACGGUCGAUGGUAACGAGUGUCCGCGCUCACGUUAAAAAAAAAACACUAACUCGCCGACUGAAUGGCAUCAAAGGGUACUGCAUGCUCUUCGAUAAGGUGAUUGGAUCUGUGUUGUUUCUCAUUCAACGGCGUGUGGUUGAACGAGUUUGUUCUUAGCGGCACUCCCGGUGAUGGUAAGCACCGUUACAGUACACGGCUGGCCUCCCGCGUAGUCUCACAGUACCGUGUGCAGACACUCUCCCAUUGGGGUAGGGAAACAGCAAGUCUCAGAGUAGGGUUCCAGACAGAGCAAUCGCUGGUCGUCACAACAGUCUUUGUACAGAGGACGAGCGGGCAGCUACACAACAGGCCACACUCACUGCAUGAACCACAACACAAGGCGAAUUCUACUCAACUGCAGUGUCUGUGAUAUACAACGACAAGAUGGGGGCAUAUUUCCAUCUGAUCCGGUUUGCUUCGGUGUUGUUCGUGGCCACGAUAGCUCUGUCCUGCACGGCGUUCGUCACUUCACACUGGACGGUGGGUCUCCACAGACACACCAAGGAACAGGCAGCCAGUAACGACAGCACCAAGGCACCCAAAGAGGUGGCCUACUACACAACCUUCCACAGCGGCUACUGGCAGCAAUGCAAGCAGAUAGAAGAAUAUAGCAAAGCCGAGAAUUGCACACUGAUACUUGUGAUGAUUCCAGACGGGGAGAGAAACGAAAUGUACAUGUCUAUUGGCCUGGAAAUGUUGUCCAUUCUGUUGCUGAUGCUCGGAACCGUAUUCAACAUGGCGGCCUGCUGCCGACCGGAGACCUCUCCCAAGGUCACAGCUAUCACGGCCGUGCUGGCUGUCCUUGCCGGUUUGACGGGCAUGUUGAGCCGGAUGAUGUUCAUCACGAUAUUCCGGUUCUCGAUCGAGAUUGGCCCGGACGAUCAGAAGCCUUACAGCUGGACAUACGGCUGGUCGUUCAUGGUGGCGUGGGGAGGGUUUCUGUGCUGCAUGGUGACCGCCAUCUCUGUGCUCCAUGCUUACACGAUCGCGGUAAUGGAAAAGCAGGAGCGAUGGGCCAUUGAGCAGUGGUUGCAGCAGUCGGCACCUCUGGUUCGUCCCGACCCCCCUCCACCUGUCAGUAUCCCCCACACCCCCGCCGUCACCCCCGCCACAAGGACUCCCGUCAAGAGGGUGGACUGGAACAGGGUUCCCGAAAACAUGAUCAUGGGCUAUCCAUUCUGUCAACAGACAGCUAUUUAAUGGGAACAUUAGGUGCAGAAAAAUAU